AUGAACUCAAGCUUACACGCUUUUAGGAAAUAUAAGAAUUUUCUAAGCCAAGAUGAUCCUGAUCAUAUCCAACAAUCAGAUUCUGGGGUUAAAAUAGAGACUGCUCAAGUGUCAAAACAUAAACGCUCAAAACCUUUUACUGCUAAAUAAACACUUAAAGCGCAAAUUUAACGAUUAUUUGACUCGUAAAACAGAAGAAGUAUCUCAAGAUUUUCAGUCUGUUUCUCCAAAUGAGGCAUUUAAUCCUUCUUCAUUGACUGAAUUCUCUUCUUUUGGAGGGGAGCAUCAAACAGAAAACCACAAGGUUCAAACAUCUAAAGAAGAUACCAAUUUCCUCGAUGAAUCUUUUGGCAAUAAGAGAAAGGAGAUAUUGCAUGGCCUUCUUGGAGACACAAAGCCGAGCUCUAGCUUUAGGGGAUCAAAAACUCCAGCACAUGCUAGGUAUAAGAACAAAAAGUUAAUCAAAACUCCUAAAAAUUAUCCUAAUUCUCCUCAAUUUGCAAGUACGAAAUCCCAAAUUUCCAAAAAUGAGGGAACCCCCGUAUGGAAAAGACUCUACAAUCAGAGCGAAAUCAUGCUUGAGAAGAAGAACAAGGCUAAAUUCUACCAUGACUACGUGGAUUACCAUAACGAGCAGAUAGAAUGCACGUUUCAGCCCAAGACAAACUCAGGAGUGUUCUUCUCUCCCAGCUCAGGAGAUUCAGAUUCAUGGAUCAAUGCAGAUGCCAAAAAAACUAAGAAAAAGGGUAAGAGAGCCAAGAGAAGAAGCAGAUUUCUGAAUAAAUCCAUGAAUGAGAAAUAUCACAAUUAUUCCCAAAAGUGGAGAGAGGAAAAAGACACUCAGAUCAAGAGCAAGAGAAAACAAAGAGCCUCCAAGAUCAUGGAAGAGUGCACUUUUAAACCAAACUUGAACAAGAGUAUGGACUCACAUAGUAUGACUAGAUCAAGAGGUCGCAAGAAUCUUAACAACCACUCUGGUGUCAAGGAUCACAUCGGAAGAGUUAAGAAAGCCUUGUGGGAGAAAGAAAUUGCAACUAAAAUAAAGGAAAAAGGACACACCCAGAACUGAACAUCUAGAGAUAGAAUUCUUAAGGGCAAAGAUCCUUCGAUUAAAACGCCUCGAAUUACAAUUCCUCUAAAGAAGGGAUUUAACAAAAGAUUUGUGUUGAAUGAUCUUGAUACCUCAACUAAUGGGCAGUUUAACAUCACUAACAGUAACAAACUCCUUCAAAGCACAGUCAGAGAGCAAGAAGUCUUCAAUUUUGCAAGGGAUCUUUCAAUUUCUGACUUAAGUGACAGAUAUCAAGACCCUGAAGACUUCUAUAUGCCAAAGCAAAACUCAGAAUUUGUUGAUGCUGUCAGAGAUCUACAUUCUUACUUGCAUGCUUAAAAUUUAUACAUAAAUAUUCA